AUGUUGGCUAACGCGAGUUCACUCUAUCGGUUGGCUUCGGAUCCAAGUUUUGAGCGACGAUUUGCUGCGAACUUACAACUGCAACAGGAUUUGCGGUGGCGCCCUUGCUACGCUGUGCUGAAGGCGAAUUUAUUUUUCGUCUUCAGCAGACAAGAUGAUCCCGAACCACCAUUCUUGAUCCUCAUUAUUGAAGAUUGCUUUAUAGAGCUUUGCGACGAGAACAAGUUAGGCAAAGACUUCACCUUCGAGAUAAAAUUCAAAACAACUGGUAGAAGUUUCAUAUUCGCGGCAGAGGAUUUCAAGACACUGGAGCGAUGGGUCUCACUGCUUACGAUUACGCCCAUAGACUACAUGCUAUUAUCGAAACAGUCGUUUGCGGAACAAAUCGAGCGUGUCCAAAGUUCUGAGGAGGCAGAAUCUACAAAAUAA